CGACAUGACGACGGCGCUCAAGUAUCGGCAAGACGUUUUGAGCUAUGCCACUCUAAUGAAGAGCCUGCACGCAGACUUCCCGGAGCCACCUAUUCUUGCUGCACAACUGAUGGAACUGCGAACAGCACACGGCCAAAUGGCCCUGAAUCUUCCUCUCUACUGCACUGCGACACCACAGCGCAUUUGUAAACUUUUGGACCAACUACCAGAAUUGAACGAUCUCCUCUACUUGGUGGGAGCUGAAGUAGUUGAGGGCGUCUACGGGAAACUUUCGCUGCGCCUAUACGACGGUGCAGAAGCAGUUUGCCACUUUCGAAUCAUGGAAUUAGUUGCCAUAUAUCUACACUGUGUUCUGGCUCGACAUCGUUGUGUGGACAGUCUCCAGUUCAUGUUAUCGACGCGGGGAUACCAUGCGGUUAAUCUCCUACUCUGCCAUGCCUUGAGCCGGAAUACGUCACUGACCUGUCUUCAUCUGCAACACUGUACCUUCGAUACCAAGUGUACAGCGCAAAUCUUCGGUGCCAUCUCUCAUCUGCUCAAGAAGCAGCUAUUCGAGCUUUUGCUAGUAUCGCUGGUACUUAUCGGAAAUGUCGAUACGUACUUGCAAGAAUUCUUGAGGAGCCUGUCCACCACAGAAACUCUCAAGGUGCUCGUGGUCGUUGAUGUUACAGUCGUCAGCCCACAGGCGGAAGCGUUGUCCUUUCACUCCACGACAGACACUAUGGGUGCCUUAGCCAGAAACUCGAGCCUCUUCAGCCUCGUAAUUGACGCUACAUUUGCACCUCCGCAAUGGAAAGAUCGGCUGCCUCGGAUGCUCGCCAACCCUUUCGCACCAGUGCAGCUGACUGUGAUUUGGCAAAACGACUACAUUAGCCAUGCGUUGCGCAUGGUGCUAUCAAAUCUACGGCGAAACAACACUGUCAAGAAUGUUACCUUCAAGGGAUUUGAUAUAAGUUUAAUCGAUAUGAGAUUCGCUUCGGAGCUGCUGGCUGUCAACGCCGUAAUCCAGGAAAUCUGCUUCAUAGAGUCAACGUGGGAUUUAAUAAAGAGAGGAGAAAGAUGGCACGCCACGGCUCUGGUUGGACUCCUUGCGAGUGCGGCACAUUUGCGACGACUCGUUGUGCCGUUCAAUUUUGACUUCGCCGAGCUCUGCUCCAUUCUGGAAGCAGCUCAAGGGUGCAAAUCACUGGAGGAGCUGCACUUUCCAGUUCUUGUUGCCGGUGGCGUGGAGGUCGUUUUCGAGGCCUUGAAUUUUUCACUCCUCGUGGAAAAGCUCAGAAUAGGCAAAUUUGGAGUCGCAGUGAACACGGCGGCUUCGAGGGCACUUGCCCUCCUCCAAAAUGCUUUCUCAGGUCCUCAGAGACUUAAGUCUCCUGAUCUGCUCUUUGGGCCGAGGGGCGACUCACCCUGGCUCGUCGGUGGCAAUUGUGGAGGCCACCUGACCAACCUAAUGGUGACGGACUGCAGUGGACUGAGGCGGCUGCACCCCGACAUUGCCCGGUGCCUAAGAGCCUAUCUGCCUCUGACGCGAAGCCUUAAGACGCUCACCAUCACAGUAGCGACGUUACAGGCUUCGGCGAAAUACAUCAUAGAAGGGCUUGCCGUGAACGGCAGCAUUGAAGAGCUCUUCAUGAACGAUUUUAAGGCGCAUGAAGAGGACGUGCCCUUGCUUUGCGCAUGGCUAUCGAGGAGCCAAAAAGUGCACAGUGUCCAGGUGUUCUUCGAUCCCAUCACAAAGGGAUUGUUCCUCCAGACACUUGCGGGAUGUAUGCAGUACAACCACACGCUCACAUCCCUUUCCAUUGGCUGCCAACCCUUGGAGAGCGCUCACGGGUUGCUCGUCAAGAACAUAGGAUCACCGCCAUUCCAGGCCGGUCAAGCGACCAUCUGGCCUAACAAUGAUGCUGGCCGUUCUUAG